UGAAGACAGAUGGCGCCAUUCCUUUUAGCUGCUCCUGAGUGGGCUUACUUUGAUGUUUAACGCUUCGACUUGCCCUAUAAAAGUGAACAGAAAAUCUCGAGACCUCCAUCGUCUCAAGUUAUACGAGAUAUCUGCAUCAGACAUCUCUACAAUGAAGGUUACUUUAAUUGUCACUCUUCUCUCUGCCUUCGCCCUCCCAGUGUUCGCAGACUCCGUUUUUGUUGUACAGAACGCUAAUUACACCAACCCCAACGCAUCCCUCUCUACCGUCACUUGCUCGCGUUUGUCACUGCGUUACGCCAACUUUUCCUCCCUGCCUUCCUUCCCCAACAUCGGAGGUAUUCCAGGUGUUGUCUCGAACUCCACCUUAUGCGGCUCCUGCUGGAGCCUUACGCCUGCCCCACCCUGCAGCGGCCUAAAUACCCUCUACUUCACCGUUAUCGAUAACGAUUCCAGUUUCGUCGUUGACACUGCUAAAGACGUUAACGCCACCGUAUACGCUAUCUCCCCGCAGGCGUACGGCAACUUGACUCACGCUUCCUGCAAUGUGAACGCAGUUUAUGCCGAAGCCGCUCAGGUCCAAGCUAGCAUGUGUGGCAUGUAGAGGCCGUACAAGCUGCCUAGAUGAUACUGAGACUGGGAUGAUUGAUGUUAUCGGAGAAGAUCUACAGGUUUUUUUUGGUUCUCCAGUGGGGUUGCUUAUAUGUUGUAGUUUGUGACUUGGAAAGCGAGGUGUGAUGCUUUUGACAGGGUCUCUGUCCGUAUUUGUUACACUUGAUAGUAGGAUCAAACGCACCACCAAUUUCGCUUC